AUGCAAAGAACAGGCGGUAGAGUAGGCAGCAGCGCUUUGCGCGACUACUACGGCCUGGCCGCCUCCGCUUCCAACGGUUCUAGCAGCGCAGGUGCAGCGGUCGCUUCCUCCUCAUCCUCACCUUUGGAUCCCGACUCGAUCAACUUCUCGCCCUCAUUGGCCUUGGAAGAUUUGAGAAGGACGAAAAAUGCGGCUGGAUUGAUGAAUGAUCAGGCUAGGCUCUUGACCGAGAUCAGGGAACUGGAUGGGGAGAGGCAAAGCUUGGUGUACAAUCAUCAUCACGAGCUGGUAGCUGCUAGCGAGACAAUACGCAAAAUGAAGACCAGAGCAGACGACUUGACACCCUCACUGGACGCUCUAAGAGCUUCAUUGACUCAGAUCGACAAGACCCGCGCUGAACUGAGCUUGCCCGAGCACUUGGUGCAGCACAAGUCGAGCGGUCGGGAUCAAGAAGGACAGCAGGCACGUGCCAUCGAGCGAGUCGUGGAGCUGCCUACUCGGUUGCGGGAUUGCAUAGCUUUGGAGCGCACAGCAGAUGAAGGCCUCGCUGCAGCAGAGAGGCUGUGGGGCCAGUCCGAGGCGGUGCUGUCAGCAUGGGAUGAAGCGGGGGUACACGGCGUCAAGGAGGUUGCGUCGGAAUGCAGAGAAGUGCUGAGGGAAGCAAGGGCUCGAGUGUCUGGUGCUGCAAGGGGAUAG